AUGAGCAGCAGCGAAAUUGGCGAAAUCCCAAUACGUCAGGUCGGCAGCAACGCGAAGCAAGAUACCCGGAUCUGUUGGACGAAGCUUGUCCACGAGCAAAAUAUCCACCUUGAAGAGAGAGAAAAGAAACGUUUACACAAUUUAGAAAUUGGUGUCCGAAGGAGACUUAUUUCGGAAACGGUUGUCUUUGGAUCAUCUUGGUAUAGAAUGAGAGGAGCAUUCGCGGGUAGUCCAGCGCGUUCACGCAGAACCGGCUCCAAUGACAUAAAUACGUCGUCGGCAGCCAACUCCACAUGGCCGCAAAAUGUCAUAGACCAAGAGAUUGGGUCAAAGUAUUUGAGAAAGAAUAGGCGCUUAUCGGCGACUGGUUCCUGCUGCUCGGUGAUCGGUGGCGAUCCGAUUCGACCGAAAUUCGGUGAAUUUGGUCGUUGUGCCAGUAGCGUUAAGGUGGCUUUGGCUGAACAGCUCCAAGUUUGCGAAUCACUGUCUGCAUUGCACUGGAUGAAGAAUCCUAGAGAACUGGUCUCAGGAGGAUGGAAGAUAAUCAGUAUCUUCCAAGGAAGACAACGAAUCAUCGUACCACCUCCACAUAUCUGA